AUGUCGGGCCGAGCAAAGAACAGACAUGGUCAUAUACGGAGAAGGAGUUGGAGGGAGACAUCGGAUAACCGAAAGCUUGCGGGCACAGAGCUUAUGUAUGUAGCAGCGGAAUCUGAGACUUCUGUCCUUUCAGCCAGCAGGCGUAAAUGCCGAUUAUUGGUGGCAAACCAAAGGAUUUCAAGGACAGCCUCAAAAAUCUAUAUUUCAAAACCCAUCUUCUUCAGCUCCAAAAUGGCAAAAUUCCCAAUCCCGAUCCCCGGCACUUUACCGGAUAUGCCGGAUUCAUCAUCGAACAAAGAAGCAUCUACCCGUUUCGUCCCACCAUUUAUAUAUAUUUGGUAUUUAAAUUAA